CAGUUCGUGUAGACAGAUCUAGCAACACAGACCUUCCUUCAAAAUGUUCAAGUUGGUGGUGUUGUCCGCUCUUUUGGCUUUUGCCUCUGCCAGCCAUAUUCACGGUUCAGUAGCUUACGCUGCUGCUCCAGUUGCUUAUGCUGCCCCGGUUGCCGUUCCGUCAGCUGUUAGUUACCAAGCAAGAACCGAUGUUGUCAAUAAACCAAUCGUCGCUACAACUUAUGCUGCUGCUCCAGUUGUUGCUGCCUACAGUGCGCCUGUCGUCAAAACUGUUGCACCCGCUUAUGCUGUACCAUCCGCUGUUAGUUACCAAUCUAGGACUGACGUUAUCAACAAACCAGUUGUAUCUACCACAACUUACGCAGCCGCUGCUCCAAUUGUCGAAGCUCCAGUUGUUAAAACCGUCGCACCAGUAGUCAAAACUAUUGCUCCAGCUGUUGCUGUUCCAUCCGCAGUAAGCUAUCAAACCAGAACAGGUGUAAUUAACAAACCAGUAGUUUCCACAACUACUUACACUGCUGCUGCUCCUGUUGUUGCUGCUGCCCCUGUCGUCAAAACUGUAGCCCCCGUAGCUGAAGUUGUAGCACCAGCUGUAGCUGUUCCAUCUGCCGUUAGCUAUCAAUCCAGAACUGACAUCGUCAACAAACCAGUAGUUUCUACAACUACUUAUGCUGCUGCUACCCCAGUAGUAGCCGCUCCAGUUCUUAAAACGGCUGUUCCUGUGGUUUCGACUUACGCUGCUCCAGCUGUUGUUUCCAGUUAUGCUGCCCCAGCUGUUUACUCUAGCUACGCCGCUCCAGCAAACAUUGUGACCGGUUAUCAUGCAGCCCCAGCAGUUGCUUAUGCCGCUGAACAUGCUUGGUAAACUUAUAGAUCUGUAGUGCAAAACUGAUAUCCAAAUUAUGCAUUCAUUUGUAAAUAAAUUCGCAGUUUUAUCCGUA